UCGAGUGUUCUUUUGUCAGAAACCGCCGCAGAUACAGAACCGCCUGCCUGCUUUCAUUGUUCUUCUCCUCCUGCUUGUUCAUCAUCUUCGUCUUCUCUAUCAUCAGCAUCAGCGUUGUUGUCGCUUGCGAAAGCGCCCAUCACCAACGCGUCUGUUGGCCAGAGCCAUCCUUAUCUUUCUCUAACAACAAUGUCGGUAACCGCUAUAGCAGCGAGAGCAAGACUGAGGAGGUGUUCCUUCUCAGCCCCCUCCCCCCCUUCUUCUCCAUCCUCAUCCUCGUUGUGCACCUCGCCCACGGAUCUUGCUCAAGCUAUGACUGUGACGGACCACCCGCCGCAGCUGCGCAGCGUGCAGAAGGUGGUCGCUUCGUCUGGUCUAGAGAAUGGGCGGGCUUUCUUGGACAGCAGCUCUCACCCCCCCACCCGAUCUCUGUGCUCUCGGCUCGCGCCUGCGGGAGCCGUAGAUCUCGCUGCUGUUGAUCAGACGGUGUCGAGCUUACAGGCCUUGCCCUUGCGCGGUCCAUCUUCAGCAACCUGCGCAACAACCUCCGCCGAUGGCGACCGCCAACCUUCUUCCGCCGAUGGAGAUCGUCGGCCAUCUUCUUGCGUUGUCGCGCAAUGCGAUGAUCCGAUCAACGGUCGGAAAUGCCCCAUGGUGGCUCCAUCCGAGGAAGAAGGCUGGCGAGUGAAGACAGCAAGAUCCACCAUGGACGCGCGAUUGGACGUCGCUCCUGCUCAGCCCCCUCUUUUGUCAUCAUCAAUCAAGCAGGUCAUGCGGGCUACGUGUCCACCCUUGGGAGGAGGUAAUCAAGUUGGCGAUCAUUUCGUCGAGGAGGGUGAAUACGUUGACCAAUCCGGUGAUACGAAGUACCUCGAUCGGGCGAAUGACUUCGCACUUGGCAAUCAGCCAAUUGGCAGCAUACAUGUCAUCGUAGGGCCGAUGUUCGCGGGGAAGACGACGGCGCUCUUGAAGCGAAUGGAGGAAGAGGCAAGCAAGGGAAGGUAUGGAAAAACACGAACAGUACACCCGAUAUCCUAUAUGCCAAGUGGUUCGUGUGGUCCACGGUACUUACCAUACUGUGUAAUUGGCGGGGUUCUGGCUCGGUGAUUAUCUGACAACACAGCGGGAAGACUUCGUAGACUGUGUUUUAUGGCUGUGACUAGUUUCUCAGACUCGUUC